AUGUUGAUGUCAAUCAAUUUAAAAGGUCGUUCAAAUAUUUGUCAUCAUUAUACACAAGAAGAAAAAAAAGUAACUCUUAAUGGAACAUUAUCCAAAUCACAUCAUACUGAACUUUGUAUUACAUUCAUUACAGUGAAUGAAUCUGAUGAAGAAUCAAUUCUUAGUCAUGUAUAUAUUUGUGAUUUAACUGAUUGUGAACCGUUAAUUGAUACUUGA